GGAACUAUUGUUCGUUCCUGUCAUGGCUGCGCCCUGAAGAGCAUCACAUGCGAAGAGACAGAACAAAUGAAGGGUUACACCAUGUGUGAAACCCAUCCUGUUGCUUCUUCAUGUCCUGUUUGAUUACAUGAGAAUGUAUAAAUCAGGUGUGGAGAUGCUCAGCUGGGCUCUGAGGUCCACAUCAUUGUGGAAAUGUAAUUCUUUUAUAUGGACACAGACUGUUUUACACUAUAAGUGCAGAGGUUUUGCUGUUUCCACUCGAUUGGGUAGAAAAACUGUACACACUUUAGAAAGAGUCAGGUUUUACUCUCAAGGCAGUGAUUCUGAAGAACUUCUCAAUGUCCAGAUGAAACAGGCAGAUGCCUUGCAAUCCACUGCCAAAGGAGAUGCAAGUGAACUUCCCUCAGAUAAACCAGAACAGGCGGCCCUUUUCUACACACAUAUACAGGACUGUUUGUCACCCACUGAUGUGCUGGACAGGUUGAAACAGUUCCCAGCGCCGCAGCAGCACAUCAGCAGCGUGUUCACACGCAUGUGGGAGAGUAUAAAGAAAAUGACGGACGAACAGCGACGAUAUGAGCUGCGGUUGAUGUUUGAACACCCUGCGUUUGAAGAGCUCUGCGAUCGGGCCACAACUAAUGCCUGGCGCAUGAGGAGUCAAGAUCUGGCCUACAGUCUGUUGGCGAUCGUCAAGCUGGGAGUUUCACAAAACACACGGGUUGUGCAGACGCUGCUGCUUGUUAUACAGGAGCGUCUGAUUCAGUUUGAUGAGAGGUCUCUGUCAGUUUUAGCAGGCUGUAUUCGGGACAUGGACAACAGUAAGAACAUUCAGGCCCUGAGAGAGGCUUUAAGGUUGUUGCUUAAGGAUCGUAUUCCUGAGAUCCAGAGUGUAGUAGUUCUUCAGAGCAUGAUGCAAGUGGUGGGCAAAGACACGCCCACACACCUGAAGAAAAAACUGGCGAUGAAGGCUCUGUCAAUGGAAGAUAAGUUUAGUCCCCCCAACACUCAGUACAUGUUCUUAAGUCUGGCUGCCAUGAGCCUGAACUUCAAACCUCUGCUAGAUGUCUGCAGCAAGAAGAUUGCUGAGAACGUGCAUGAGUUUCCCUUCAGUAGACUGCUAGCAGUGCUGAAGUCCUGUCAUGAGCUUCACUACAGGAACUUCACUCUCUUUAGCUCUGUUUCUGAGUAUGUGAGCAACACUUUUGACAUGUGGUCCAACAAACAGGUGAUUCUGUUUCUAUUAACAUUUGAGGAACUUGCUUUCAGACCUGUGGUUCUGUUGGAUGCAUUUACAGAGAGAAUAAUGCUGAAAUCAGACAGUCUGACCCUGAGAGAUGUUCUGAGUGUUUUAAAAGUCUUUUCACUGCUCAAUCAUGAUCUGAAAGACAACAGACAACAGUUUUUGAACAGUGUAACAAAGGUCUUAGAGUCGUACUUUCCAAAGAUCUCCAUGACUGAGCUGCUCAAGGCUGUCCACUAUCUUGGAAUACUGGAUCACUUCCCUCAAACCCCACUGGAGAAACUGUUGCACCAUGACACCCUGGAGCAGCUAUUGCAGAGAGGCAGAGAAUCAGAUAAGGUGGCGAGAUGGCUGCAGACUUUGGAUCUGUGUUUGCGAUUGGACGGACCCCACCUCCCCCCCACCCUUAUGUCCAUCCCAGACCUCCACAUCACAGUUCCUGCUCAUGAGCUCACGGUCAACCAGGAAGUGCUCCGUACAGUCAGGGGCUUCAUGGGUAGCGAUGCGGUCCAAGACAGUGUGCUGGAAGAGGGUGUUUAUUUCAUUGAUUGUGUGAUUACUCUGCCUCACCCCCACACUAAAGAUUCUGGGUCCCCUGAAAGUAUCCGAAGGAUUGCAGUGGUCUGUGCUUCACCAGCUUCAUUUUGCUUUGGCACAACGCAUCCCAGAGCCUGCCUGGCUGUCAAACUUCGCCAUCUCAUAAAACUCCAUUAUGAACCUGUUUUGGUUCCAGUCCAUGAGUUCAGCUCUCAGACUGAGCAGGAGAAGAUCAAGAUGCUGCAGAAUUUGAUCUUACCAGGACAGGAGUCCUCUGAAACACAGGAAAUACAGAAAGACCUUCCGACGAGUGAAGAGUUUGUACCUAAAGAACCAAUCCUGUAGUCUUUCAUUUGGCUCCAUAGAUAAAAACAGCCUUUUGAUCUUACUAGAAUAUUGAUUCAGGAUACAUAUUUAUUGAUUUGUAAUAUCAAAGUUGUACAGUUUUUCUUUUCUCCCCCCUCCAACCCCAAGAGAAAAACUAAUUCUGUGAAAGAUUGAAUAAAUAUGCAUUGAAUUUUGC